AUGUUCACUGUUUAUGCUAUUGUUAAGUUCAGUAUAAUACUAGUUGACAUGGUUUCGACUCAACACCAUGGUUUAGAAACUCUAAGUCCGGAGAAAUUUAGGGAUCUACACAAUGCCUUCCGGAAAAUGAUACUUAACGGUUCGGUUCCCAACCAACCGAAGGCCAAGGCAAUGCCAGAUUUGUUUCGAACAUUUCGUAACCUGAUGCGAGAUCAAGAACCAAAGUUGACCCCGGUUGUAACGAGACUGUUGGCGUCAAUUGUGCUUCGUCGCCUCACGGUGGCUCGUGAGAUGCUGACUCGAGAGCAGCAAGCGGGAUUCCGGCCUGGUAGGGGUUGUGUUGACCAAAUCUUCACACUGCGUCAGGUGCUAGAACAACGCCAUACGUAUAAGCGACCCACGAUUCUAGUAUUCCUGGAUUUCCGAGGCGCAUUCGACUCGGUUGAUCGGUCUGUUCUUAUCGAGACGCUUGCCCACCAAGGAAUGCCCCAGAAGUUUGUAAACAUAAUACGUUCUUUGUAUUCUCAGACUUCCGGACGUGUUUUGGACAACAAGCUGAAUGAGAAUGCCAAGAAAUGGGCCGAAAAAUGUGUUUAUAAACAUCAAGCUAAAAUAAAUGAUGGCGAAAAUCUGGCAGUAUCAAGUGAUAGCAGUGAAAACCCAGUGGAGCUCUGGUUCGAUAAACAUAAGACGUACAACUUUGGAAAACUCACAAACCAAACUUCUACGGAAACCGACCCAUACACCCAAGUCUUUUGGGAAAAAAACAAAGCACUUGGAGUGCUAUCAGAUUUUUGUGAGACUAUGAAGGAUGGUAAAGGCAACCCUGUUGGACAAGCAUAUUUCUCGGUCUGUCGAUAUUCACCAAGGUAA